UUUUUUUUUUUUUACUUAUCUUUUCUUUCAUCAAACAACCACCACCAUGAGUGAAUCAAACGCUGUCAUUGGUAUCAACUUUGGUACUUCUUCUACUUCUAUUGGUUAUGUUAACAAGGAAGGACGUGCUGACUGUCUUGCCAACCAAGAAGGUGAUCGUCAAAUUGCCUCUGUACUUGCUUUCCAUGGUGAAGAAGAAGUUGUUGGUUCUCAAGCCAAGUCUGAAAUUGCUCGUCAUCCCAAGACCACUGUUGCCAAUUUCCGUGCUACUCUUGGAAAGACUUUUGCAGAAUCAGAAGAUCUUCCUGGAUCUGCUGCCCCUGUAGUUGAUAAAGCAGGUACUCCUGGUUAUGAAAUUACUUUUGGUGAAGAAACCAAGGUAUUUUCUACUCAAGACAUCUCUGCCAAGUUCUUGCGUCAUAUUCGUGAAUCUGCUGAAGGUUUCUUUGGUAACAAAAUCGAUGGAGCUGUCAUGGCAGUCCCUUCCUAUUUUACUGACAAGCAACGUGAAGACUUCAAGCAAGCAGCUACUGAUGCUGGUAUCAAGGUAUUACAAUUGGUUCAAGAACCCACUGCUGCUGCAUUGGCUUAUGGUUUAGGUCAAAAGGAUGAUCAAGAUAAGACCGUGGUUGUUUGUGAUUUGGGUGGUCAUUCUUUCGAUGUUACUGUGAUGACUGUGCGUUCUGGUAUUUACAGUGUGUUGGCUACUGCUCAUGAUACCAAGCUCGGUGGUGUGUCCUUUGAUGAUUUGUUGAUCAAGCAUUUCAGUGCUGAAUUCAAAAAGAAGACCAAGGUGGAUCUCGCUAAUAAUGCUAAGGCUCUUUCCAAGUUGCGUGGUGCGGUUGAAAUGACCAAGAAGAUGUUGUCCAGUGCCAGCUCUGCUCCUUGUUUUGUGGAAUCUCUUGCUGAAGGUCUUGAUUUCCAUGGUACCAUCAAUCGUAUGCGAUUUGAAAUCUUGUCUAACAGUGUGUUUGCCAAACUUCAAGAAGUGGUUCGUCAAGUGCUUGUCAAGGCUGAUUUGGAUGCCUCUGAAAUCGAUGAAGUCGUCCUUGCUGGUGGUGCUGCUCGUAUUCCCAAGUUCGCUGUCAAACUUCGAGAAGUGUUUACUGCUGAUACUCAUAUUCAUAACGAUCUUGAAGCCGAUGAAGUGGUUGCUCGUGGUUGUGCCAUCCAAGCUUCUCUUAUUGCUGGUUUUGAUCCUGAAGAUAUUGAAGCUGCUAUCCAUCCUGUUGUGACUUUGGCUCCUUCUACACAAAAGGCUAUUGGUGUUCUCAAUGCUUCUGGUGCUUUCGUUCCUAUUAUUCCCAAAGGUACUGCUUUACCUGCUCGUCGAUCCUUUACUUUCACUCCUGCUGGUGAGCAAUCUCAUGUGUAUGUUGCUCUUCAUGAAGGUGAUCAUGUCAUUGAAAAGAAGGAAAUCCCUGUUGAACCUAUUCCUGUGGAAGAAGGAGAAGAACCUUAUGAAGAAGAACCCGAAAUUGUUACUACUGUCUUUACCAAACCUGCUGCUCUUUUGAUUGAAGCUGUCUUGCCUGUGUCCUCUAAAUCUACAAAGGUGGAAGUACAAGUGACUGUGAAUGUAGAUGGUAAAUUGACCUUGGUAUUACGUGAUACUGCUAAUGUGGUGAAGGCUGAAGUCGCUGGAAAACAAUAGAAUUCCCCCCUUUUUUUUAUUAUAUAUUAUUUCACCUCAUUUUUUUUAUUUGCAUUUUGUUUUUUUUUUCUUAUCAUUUUAUGUAGUUUAGUAUACAAUAAAUAAAAAAAAAUCUAGUUUUUUAGUUUGUUUU